UUUUCAACCUUAUAAAUAGAAAAAAAUGAAAGUUUUUUUUUUUGGCCAAACAAAUGAAAGUUGAAUCAUGCGAAUUCUGACUACGAAUAAAAUAAAGCAAGAAUUGAUUGUUCAAACUUGCUUUGAAAUUCUCAGUCAAGUGUUUGCAACCAUGCAUAAGGAAAUGGGACGGCCAGAAAGUUACGUUUUCCUGAAACCAAUUAUUCUCAAAGCACAAAACAAGGCCACUAACAGGAAAUGGGAUUUAAAGCGACAGUUUCCGUUAUAAGAGAAACUGCAUGUAUUAUUUGUUAUGCAAUGAGAACCAGGUACCAUCACCAGCCUGGUUUUGAGCUAUAAAUAAGUGGCAACACGCAUUUGAUUUGAGUUGGAUCACAGUCCCUUACUCUCAUCUCUUUUCUCUCCUUGGCUUGAUCUGAUAUAUCUGACAUUCCUUUUAGUUAUCGUUGAAGCUCAACAAUUACAACUCCACAUCAUGGACAUUCCAGAAACUAAAGGAGCAAAUUCAAGUACCGGACCUGUCAGCGAAAGAAGAGAUUUUCGACCUCAGAGCAACAUGAUCAGGUGGCUCCGGAUAGCCCUCUACGCAAUCUUUGUCGUCUGUGGCCAAACAUCUGCUUCACUGCUUACAAGACUUUAUUUUGAGAAAGGUGGAAGUAGCAAAUGGGUUGGAUCACUUGUACAAGUUGUUGGUUUCCCUGUUAUCCUUCCUUAUUACUUCAUUUCACAACGUAAUUUAGUUACCACACCCAACAGUACCAGUACUGCUGCUGUCAAAACAAAACUAUCAUCGCUCCUUUUGCUCAUUUGCGUCUAUGUAUACCUUGGACUACUUGCGGCUGGAAAUUCGUAUUUGUAUUCAGUUGGCUUUGAGUACCUCCCUGUAUCUAUGGUGGUACUGAUAUCAGCAUCCCAAUUGACCUUUAACGCUUUCUUCUCUUAUUUCCUCAAUUCACAGAAGUUCACUCCGUUCAUCAUCAAUUCUCUUAUUCUUCUAACAAUUUCCUCCGUUCUCCUGGUAGCAAAUGAUAGCUCUGAAAGACCUCAUGGAGUCUCUAAUGAAAAAUAUGUAACUGGGUUCAUAUGCAUCAUUUUUGGAACUGCAGCGUACGGCUUGUCGCUUGCUUCCCAACAGCUGACCUUUCAGAGGGUUCUAAAACGGCAGUCAUUUAAAGUUGUCAUGGAGCUUAUAAUCUACCAAUUCCUUGUUGCAUCCAUUGCUACAUCGAUAGGAUUCUUCGCAUCCGGAGAUUGGAAACUUUUAAAGAGCGAAAUGGAUGGAUAUGCACCUGGGAAGAUUUCCUAUGUCAUGAACCUGCUUUGGACUGCUGUUGCUUGGCAGGUUUCCGUUUUUGGUAGUGUAGCAUUAAUCUUUGAGUUGUCUGCUCUCUUUUCAAAUGUCAUAGGUGCAUUGGGAUUGCCAAUUACUCCAAUAGCUGCCAUUUUCGUUUUCCAUGAGAAAAUGAGUGGUAUAAAGGGAAUAUCUAUGGUGUUGGCUAUUUGGGGCUUCGUUUCCUAUGCCUAUCAGCACUACCUCGACGAUCGUAAGUUGAAUGCUGAAACUAAAAAAGCGAGUGAAUUUUCUGAGGCUUGACGCUCGAUCAGGCUAGCUUCAUCAGUAUAUCAAGGGGAAAGGCCAGUGUCCGUUUAUAUAUCAUCUUCGUUCUGCUUUGUGAAAUCGUUUGAAGUAAUAAUUUUUAUAGCAUAUUAUCUUACCAUAUUUUGCUUUGUUAUCGUGAAUUGGUGAUUGAGAAUCCUUCAUGGGUUUUCAAGCA